UUAUGAUCUCUACCCUUUGCUUCAAUAUUUUUUCUCCGACUGGAUUUCUUUGAAUUGAAUACCCUUGUUGGCGUCUCAAAUAAGUUCCUGUGAAACGUUGAGCGGAACCUUCUAUUUAUAUUUCCUGUUUCACGUCGGACGUGUUUUUGUGGCUGCGCCGCUAACAUGGAGGCUGAUUCUCAACGUGUCUUAGAGUAUUUGACAGAAGUUGAAGAAGCAGCAGAGGAUGUACUAACCACUAAACAGCAGAUUGUUGAGCUGGACUCAAAGAGAAACAAGAACAGGGAGGCACUGAACGCAUUGAAACAUGACAUGCCAGACACAGAAAAAGUAAAGGUUUGCUUUGGGAACAUGUUCAUCAAAUUUCCCAAAUCGAAGACAAGUGAAAUGAUUCAGAAAGACCAGGAGCAACUAGACAAGGAGAUAAACGACCUCCGAAAAGAAUUAAAAGCCAAAGUCAAUCGUCUCAAUGAGAUAGAGGGAAAACCGGAGCUGAGAGGCUACAAUCUUUCCCCACUAUCAACUGAUGAAGUCAAAGCUAUUCACAAUCUUUUGAAGAGAUGAUCCGCCAUCUACUUCGCACCCCACGUAUUGAAGAUAAACUUCACAAGAGCCUUUCUGAAUCACGACAACCCCAUCGAUGCAUACCACUGUCACCCACUAAGAUGAAAGAGACAGGUGAAAAUUCCAAUACGAUUUUGAUGGAAAGAAAUCUGUUGAUAAUAUAGGUUUAAACAAACAUAAGGAAUAAUGAAUUUAAAAUAUAUAGAAGUCCUACAUGGCUUCAACAAUCUGCACAAGUCAAGACAGGUUCAGUUUUUGGUUCCUACCAGAAGGGGGCAGCAAAGUGUAUAGUGGGACUCCACAGAAUUCCCAUGUCAUUAUGUUUCAUUGUAAAUUACAUAUUAUGCAAAAAAGUUUCAUAAUAGGGUCUAUUUACGCAUUAUAUGUGGUUAGGGUUGUACUUUUUUUGUCCGCUGCUUUCUUUCUUUGAAUAAAUGUGUUUAUCUGUGAAGCUUGUUUUGUUGAACUGAUUUUUUUUUUUGUC